AUGGAUAAAAAUCUAUGUAAAAAGUUCCAAGAUGUAAGAAAAUGGUUUCCCGAUAGUUUGAGUAAUGGAAAGUAUCUAUUUAAAGAAGAUAAGCAUUUCAAUAAGUAUUGUAAUAAUAAUAAUUGUGAUGGUCCUUUCGAUAAAAUUAGUGCUGGAUGUUUAUAUUUUUUUAAUGAAUUCUUUGGAAGUUCUGAGAUGCUUUCGCAAUAUGCAAGCAACUAUAUCAAUGUCGUUGAUUACAUUAUGGUAUGGUUAAUUCAUAUGUUAAGCCUAACUGAAAAUGAACAUAAAAACAGUCUAAAUCAUUUUUAUACUACAUUUAUAAAUAGUGAUGAAAAGUAUAAAACAUCUAUAAAGAAUGUUGAAGAUUGUAGUAAUUAUAAGGAUCUUAUACUUAAAAAACACAAUUUGACGAAUAAGGACAUGGAUAAUAAUAUUAUAUCUAAAUUAUAUGGUGCAUUUAAUAUAUUAUGUGAAAUGUAUACUGGAUUUGAUAUAAAUGAUUCAUAUUGCACAAAAUGUUCGGAAAAGGCUAAGCAAUUUGUUGAAAAAUAUAAUGAACUUAAUACAUAUCACAGUAUUACUGAAAACAGUUCAGGUAUUCAAAUAUUGUGUACUUUAUCAAAUGAUUAUAAUAAUUUUAAAAAGAAAUGUAACGAUAGUCCAUCGAUUCCAACGAUAGAUAAAACAAAAAUUACUAUAAAAUGCCCUGAACAAAUUUCUGGAGUUAUAUCAUCAAAUUCGUCGGUAGCAAACAAAUUAUUUAUAUUUUUAUCGAUAUUUAGUACAAUAGCAAUUUUUUUAGGAAUUUCUUAUAAGUAUUCAUUAUUUGGAUUUCGGAAGCGAUUUAAAAAACAACAAAUAAGAGAAAAAAUAAAAAAUAUAAAGAAGAAAAUGAAUCAAUAA